AUGGAAAACGGCACGAAUGAUGUCAACAAGAUAAAUCCCUCGCUGCACGUCAUUGACAGUCGAACAGGAAAAUAUUAUCAGAUCCCCAUCGUCCACAAUGCCAUCCACGCCAGUGAAUUCAAACGCAUCAGGGCCCCGUUGAAUCACGAGUACUAUGCUGAUCAGACCGAUAGUGGGAUUCGGAUCUUUGACCCAGGAUUCUCCAACACGGCCGUCAAGGAGAGCAAAAUCACCUACAUUGACGGCAUGAAAGGGGUCAUCCAGUAUCGUGGGUACUCCAUUGACGACAUCAUUGCCGAGGGAAAAUCCUUCAUCGACACGGUGCAUCUCCUCGUCUGGGGUCACUGGCCAUCACCCCUCGAAGCUAGCAAGUUGCAGAACAAAAUUUUUGCCGCACAGCGCCUCGAUGGGAGCGUUUAUCAAGUGAUUCGCUCAUUCCCUCCCAAUGGAUCCAUCAUGGGGAUGAUCAUCGCGGGCCUUUCAGCCCUUCAAUCCACCCAGAUGGAGGCGAUUCCUGCCCAUGCGGCUCAAACCCUCUACCUGGGCCAUCCGCACCGGGUCGACGAGCAAAUCAUCACCGUCCUCGCGGCACUCCCGGUCAUCAGCGCUGUCGCGUAUUGUCAUCACACGGGCCGGUCAUUCACGCCGCCGCGCAGUGACCUGUCCUACAUUGAGAACCUCUUCCUGAUGACCGGUCACGUGGAGGAAGCGACGGGCCUUCCCAGUCCCAGAUACGUGCGAUAUUUUGAGAAACUGUGGGUGCUUAUUGCCGACCACGAAAUGACCUGCUCAACGGCGGCCUUACUUCAAACAGCCUCGUCCCUACCCGACGCGCUGUCCUGUAUGAUCUCUGCCAUUUCCGCUAUGUACGGACCUUUGCACGGGGGCGCCAUCGAAGUCGCGUAUAAGGAUAUCGCGGCCAUCGGCUCUAUCGAGGGCUGUCGCGCUAAAAUCGAUCGUGUCAAGACUGGCAAGGAACGGCUGUAUGGCUAUGGCCACCGUGUCUACCGUGUCACCGAUCCCCGGGCCGUGUAUAUCCAGGAGGUCCUGGGAGAGUUACAGGAGGAAAUUGCGCAGGAUCCCUUGUUGAGUGUCGCCUUCGAGCUGAAUCGGAUCGCGGCCGACGAUGAGUAUUUCACCUCGCGCAAACUGAAGCCUAAUGCGGAUCUGUUUGCCGCCUUUACCUACGGUGCUAUGGGCUUUCCCGAUGAUUUCAUCCUGCCCAUCUCCAUCAUCUCGAGAACGCAGGGAUUCUUAGCACACUGGAGUGAGGCCAUGUCUGGUCCUGCGAGGAUCUGGCGACCGGGUCAGGUGUAUGUGGGCGACUUGGAUAAGAAGUUUUGA